CUACUGGGUAAAAGAUGGGAAGCUAAAAUAUUCAAGAAUGAGUAAAAGUGAUAGCAAGAGAAACUCGAAACAAGAUCCAGUGGAAGAGGAGGAGGAGAUGGAGACAGAAGGAGGAAAAACAAAGAAGAAAAAAAGUGAAGAAAUGGGAGUGGCUAGAAGUCAUGAAACCGACAAAGUUGAAGGAGAAGCUUCAAGUAGUAAAGCUAUGAACAAGAAAGAUGAAGAAUUAGAGUACGAGGCAGAGUCUGAGGAAUCCGACGAUGGGGUCAAAGAAGGCGAGAAACCGGCUUACAUCGGAGAAUGUGACCUUGAGAACCCUCUCACUAGCCCUUGGAUAAGGAAACGGUUUAAAAGAGAGAGAAAGCAGCGGCUGAAAGAGAUCGAGGAGCUCAAGCAAAAGGCAAAGAAAGUGAAGGAGAAGUUCAACGAAACAAAGAAACUCAAGCGACAGAAGAAACGGAAAGAGCUCGAAGACGAAAUGACUAAUGCGGACCCUGAGAGACUGGGGCAUAUGUUCCAGAGGAGACAGGAGAAGAUGAUGAGAAGAAUGAUGCCACACAAUGAGUAUGAGCCAGAAGGAAGCCAUUACAGGAGAGGAUACAGGGAUAGGCUAUAUAGAGGGAGACUCGGGAGUGGGGAAAGAAGCGAUUGGAUGAGAGGCUAUGGGAUAAUGGAUCACAGGUCACAGUAUCAUCACAUGUAUGAGUAUAUGGAAAUGUACAGAGAGUAUCAGUUGAGGAGUAGCUAUAGUGCCAGAGAAGGAGGCCACGAUUCAGAGAGAAAGUUCCUUGAGAGACAAAUGUUAAUGAUGAUGGAUGAUGAGAGUAGCUCUGAAACAUCUGAUUGUUCUGAAUUGGAAGAUAUUGAGAUUGAAAUAUACAAGAAGAGCUGUCUGAACAUGAAGAUCAGUGAUUUCAUUGAUCUAAAGACGGUCAAGGAUCAGUUCUCCAAUAAGAUGAUGCUGGGUGAUGCCCACACUGCAGAGAGGCUACUAGAGCUCCAUCCAGAGAUUAGAGACGACCGGACAUUUGUUAGUGCGAUGAUCUAUCAGGCUGCUUCAAGUAGGACCUCAUCCUGUUUGAGGACACUGUUUCACAGAGUGCGAGCUCCUUCAAGCAGACCAUCACCUCAUGCUGACCAAAAUGGGAAAACUCCAUUACAUAUUGCAUGCGAAAAAGACUUCACAGAUAUCAUACUAACUUUAACUCAAUUUAAGGCAAAGAUUGACAAGAGGGACAAUGAUGGCAAUACACCACUUAUGACAGCCAUGAUGCACGGAGCUGGUAAGGCCACACUGGAGACAUUGGUUGCAAGAACUAAACUAAAACUAACUGAACAUACGAAUAAUAAGGGAUAUUGUCUGUUAAGUUAUCACGGCCCAUGGUCUGGUUCAAUCAGAGUAUCAACUCGUAGUAACGAGGACUCACUUGCUUACCUUCUCUCAGUAGCAAAGGAGAAGAAUGAAUUGAAAGCUCUUCUAAGUCAUGUUAUUCCUGAAAACCAGAACCCACCACUCUUUCAAGCACUGUCUGCUAGCAACGUGGCUAAUGCUAAACUUCUCAUUAUCAAUGGAGCUGAUGUUAACUAUCAACAUCCUACUCUGCCCAAUCUACAACCCAUUCACCUGUCAGCUAAGAUAAGAUCUGUAGAAAUCAUGAGAUUAUUACUAGAAAAUGGUGCUGCUCCAGAUGCAAAGGACUCAAAUGGAUGGACUGUACUCCAUCACUUGUUCCGUCCUUAUCUCGAGCACAUGAUAUCCGAUCGCGACAUGAUAGAGUGUUGCAUGGUACUAGCAGAGCAUGGGGCUAAUUUCAAUGUCUCUCUACCUAAAUCUGGUUAUACACCGUUUCACAUUACAAUGCAGUUUGCUGCUCGAAACGAGCUCAAUGAUCACGUUAUUAAACUCCUUAGGAUGGGAGGGAAUGCUCUCAUUUUGGACUGGUAUUACAACCUAACGCCUUACGAGAUAUCAAAGAGAGCAAGAGACCCCAGCCUUAAAGCAAUCAUGGAGAAUUAUGUUUUGAAUGUUAAGAGUCUUGCAGAGUCCUGCAAGUGGGUCAUUAGACAAAGCAUGGGAGAGCAUGGCUCUAUAUACAGGACAGCCAGCCAGCUCCCACUUCCUAAACACAUUAUCAAGUACAUCACUGAUGUCGAUUUGGAUAUCGAAAAGGAACUGGAAGAAUCUAAAGCUUUCAAGAGGCCUGAUGCCUUUGUUGGGUUCUAAAUAGGACACCUCCUAAUUAAUAUAUAAAAGGAACAGUUUAAUCUACCAUAAAUGUUUAUCCCUCAUUACUUUAGAUCAGUUUAAAGUUGAUUUAUAAGUGAUUUAAACAUAAGAAGUUCCUAAUAUUAAAGACA